GUUAAAUAACGACGUCAAUUGCGGCCGAAAAAGGGCAAGAUAAAGCGUCCCGUCCAUAUCUCAUGAUCGUGUUGUGUGCGCCAAAUUUGUUUUUCAGCUGGGGAAUUAGACGCAGCCUUUUUAAUGCUAUGAAGGAUCAGCCGUGCUCAUACGACCAGCCACUGGGGCAUUCGGCAGUUGUGUCGUCGCCACCACAGCACCAGCUUAGGCAAGGACAGAUGACACAGCAGCUAGCUUAUCAAGGACAUCAACAAAGUCAGUCACAGGCCUCCCAGCAGUCUCAACAUCAGUUAUCCAGACAAAGCCAGACAUUGUCAGGUGGUUCUAGCACACCUCCAAGCUCAAAUGGGGAGCCUAGAAAAAUAUCUUGUGAAGACAUACAACAAGUGCAAAAUUUGAUAGAGCGUUGUUUACAACUAUACAUGAAUGAAAGGGAAGUGAUAAACACUCUUUUAAAUCAGGCUAAAAUAGAACCAGGCUUUACUGGACUUGUGUGGCAAAAGCUGGAAGAGCAAAAUCCAGAUUUCUUCAAAGCAUACUAUACAAGAUUACUCGUGAAGCAACAAAUCACAAAGUUCAAUGACCUAUUACGCCAGCAUGUCGAACUUGUGCAAAAGAUGCCGGCAACAAAUGCACCUCCCAUUUCAAAUGGAGUACAUUCCUCACCAAUGAAACAUACACCCAUUGGCUAUCAUUCACAGCAACCAGUAAUAUCAAUGCAAAGGAUUCACAAUAUGGGAUGUAAUUUAGUGCCAUCAAAUCCAUCCUUGGUUAAUGGUGGAGCUUGCCUGCCUAAUACUGUACAAUCUUCUGAUGACAACUCGAUCUCAAGCAGUGGAAGGAUGGAAAUUUCAUCAGGUGUACCACCAAUGUUGCAUGGCCAUCCUGGCAUUCCACCGGGAAACGAUUUAGCAAUCCAACCAGGUCCAGGGUUCUCGAACAAUGCAAGAUUUUCUUAUAGUGGUGUUAGCAAUUCUACAGACACACAUGGUACAGUCAUGGAUGUUUCUGUCUCUGAUUUUAAUUCUAACGAGACACAUCAACAAAGUGGAGUGGGUUUCCCUCAAGACACAAAUACAGCUAACCAAAAGGAUCCACUUGGGUUCUUGGGUCAGAUUCCUCGUAAUUUCAGUCUCUCUGACUUGACAGCUGAUUUUUCACAUACUUCGGAUAUACUGGGAAGCUAUUCAGGCUGUCCAUUUCUAACACCCGAUGCUGAAGCCUUUCUUCAUUCCCCAGAGAAAGAAUGUUUAGAUGACGGGAGGAUGCUGGAACCCAUCUCAGAACAUUUAAGUUACGAUGACUUUCCGAGCGACGGAUGAAACUGUCACUCCUGCUAUGGAUGAAAUUGUCUCUCCUGUCCUAUUUUUAUCUUCAUUUUUUUUUAAAUUUCAUCUAUAGCUAGAUGCCCAUGUAAAAUGGAGAAUACAUUACCAAAGAUGCAAGCAAGUUUAGGAAACAACACGAAUUUUAUUUUGUGGUUAGUUAUGUAGAAAUUUGUACCAUUCUUGGGUCCAUAUCUUGCUUCACUAUUAGUCUAGAGUGCUUCUGGGGAAUCAUUACCUUGUUUGAAUUUAUUGGGAAAAAGGUUGUGGUUUUCAUCCAAGUGGAGUAGUUUCAUGAUUUUGACCCUCACAGCUAAAAACCAAAAACAAAAUAAAA